ACCGCCUCUUCUCCUCAGGCACGUUGUUGGUCAUUCUCCCUUAAUAGGUUCUAAGGCAGGUGACUCAGGUCCGUCUCCUUAUCGUUCCCAUCCAAACUUCUUCCAAUACGCAGUGUGGGUUUAAUAAUUAGUGGACCCUAUCGAUUGCUUGUUACCGGGAUAUAGAUCCCGUGGUACUCUCAUUUGAUCAGACUUGUUCGCUCUCUGCAUCUCUCAUUCAGUGUGACAUUAGAGAAUAGUGCGAUCCACUGGAAGUAGAGUAUUCUUAUUAUAUAAAUCCAUCCCUCUUCCACUUCCUUCGACAUCACUUGACUCACCUUUCGAAAGUACUGCCUACAUGGUCCUAGUCUGAAAGUCGGUCACGUCGUAUACCACCAUGUCGAUCUCCUCCAUCAAGGGCCUCCUCUCCAGCUACUCCCCCAUCUCGGAAUAUUCCCCGGACCUGGAGAAGGACUAUCAACUGCCCCUUCGAAAUGGGUCGUCCAGCGACCUUGAGUCUCCAGCUGAGCCCGAAAAGCCCAUCCGACAAGGAACGGAGAAAACAGAUUCCAAAAUCGUCGACGGGCGACUGGUCUCGGAUGCCAUUAUCGGACUUUCCGACGGCUUGACGGUGCCUUUUGCUCUCACAGCGGGACUGUCCGCACUGGGUGACACAAAGGUGGUGGUGUUUGGCGGGUUGGCUGAACUCAUUGCGGGUGCUAUAUCCAUGGGCUUGGGAGGAUAUUUAGGAGCAAAGAGCGAAGAGGAAUCCUACCGUGCAACAUUAAAAGAGACCGAAUCCCAAACCAUGACAGAUCCAUCCGGGAUGACUGACACGAUCUCCGAUAUCUUCGCACCUUACGAUCUGCCUCCUCAUCUCGUGUCCGAACUCACAAGGCACCUCUCCACGUCCCCAAUGCUCCCAUCGUUUCUCAUGAACUUCCAUCAUACUCUCCAAGAGCCGUCCGGGUCGCGCGCCUUGAUUUGCGCUCUAACUAUCGCAUUGGGGUAUUUCAUCGGCGGGUUCGUCCCAUUACUCCCCUACUUCUUCGUUGGGCCACACGAUGCCUUUGUCGCCCUGCGCUGGUCCAUCGCUACCAUGGUCGUGGCGCUGUUCAUAUUUGGAUAUGGCAAGACGUGUUUUGUAAGCGGUUGGAAGGGUCGUCGCAAUGUUCGACGGGGGCUUAUCGGUGGGUUACAGAUGGUCUUGGUUGGGGGUGUUGCAGCAGGAUCCGCCAUGGGGCUGGUCAAAGGCUUCCAAUUACUGGCUUCUAAUGGUGAGGGAGGAGAGCAGUAAUUCCCCUUUCCACCCCAUCUAUAUUUCUUUUGUUUCGAGCUUGGCUUGGGCGUUAUGGCGAUAAAAGUGCAUUGGGGAUGGUAAUUUUGCUGUCGGGACUUCGGAAAUAGACUAUAACUUCCAAUGAGAGAAAAAGUAAAAACACACAACAGAGAUUUACAUGUAAGUAAA